AUGGUAUUUCUAAAAGGUCUUUUCACUAGCAAACGACAGUUACUUCUCCUUGCUAUUACUGUUGUUUCUGCACUUGCUAUAGCUGGUGUUAUUGCUGGUCUUGUUGUAGGCUUAAGAAAACGUACAAGUAAUUCAGCUAUCCACGAGGGUGUCUGUAGCUCUAGUCAUGAAACUUAUGUUAUCAAUGGUUCAUCUAUAUUGGGAAAAUAUUCUCGAGCAGCUGUAGCUGUCGAUAGUGCUGAAUGCU